CAUUAACACUUUUCACAUUAACAACAACAUAACUCUGCUGGUGACACUGCUGGUCAGUCAACUCCACCUUCUGCAAGAGCUCACACACCUCUCACAUCAGCGCUCGACGCGGUUUAAAGAGUGCGAAGAGAAGCUCAUCGUCGAGAAAAGCCGCGGGGGAACUUAUCUGAAGAUGAUUUGAAGAUCGGCUGCUCGGGAAUAUUGCGAUCCAUGAAUGAAGAUGGGGAGUAUUUCUGUCAAAACUGUAUGUAAAGGCACGGCGCUUCUGAUCUUUGUCAUUCUUCGGGGGUUGAAUGCACAGACUGAUACAGAUAUCACAUCACUCCCUGUCACUUCAAACAUUUCUUCAACUGAGCUCGAAACAGAGUUUCCUCAAACACAUCCUACAACAGCCCCAGCCACAACAAGCUCUCUUUCAACUGAGUCUCAAACAGAUAUGACAUCACACCCUGUCACUUCAAUCAUUUCUUCAACUGAGCUCGGAACAGAGUUUCCUCAAACACAUCCUACAACAGCCCCAGCCACAACAAGCACUCUUUCAACUGAGUCUCAAACAGAUGUCCCAGCAGCUUCUGCCACUACAAGCUCUCCCUCAACUGAAAUUCAAACAUCAGCUCCUAUAACUCCUGCCACUUCAAGCUCUCCUUCAACUGAGUCUGAAACAUCAGCUCCUACAAAGCCAGAUGUGAUCAGGAAUCUCACAGUGACCGAAAUCACAACAUCAUCUGUGUUUCUGAUCUGGGAAGAACCAGUUGGAAAUAGAUCUUUCUUUAAAAUUCAAUGGGCUGAUGAUAAAACAAGUGGAAAUUCAACAACUACUAAUACUUCCUAUAACAUCACUGGUCUGACUGCUGGAGUCAAUUACACAUUUAUCAUCACAGCUGUUGCAGCAGAUAAAUCAACAGAAGGAGAAUCAGUGGUUACCUCUAAAUAUACAAAGCCUGACGUCAUUAUGAACCUCACAGCUGCUGAUAUUACAUCUUCUGUCCUACUGAACUGGACUAAACCAAAUGGCCAAAGCUCCCAUUACCGUGUAGAAUAUGAAAAUAACAGUGUGACUACUGAAAACACCUCCAUUGAGAUAAAUGAUCUGACUCCUGGAGCACAGUACACAUUCAGAGUGUUUGCAGUUGCAGCUGAUCAUGUGACCGAGGGGAGAGCCAAUCAGAUUUCACUUUAUACCAAGCCAGAUGUGAUCAGGAAUCUCAGAGUGUCUGAAAUCACAACAUCAUCUGUGUUUCUGACAUGGGAAGGACCAGCCGGAAAUAGAGAUUUCUUUAAAGUUAAUUGGACUGAUGAGAAAACAUCUAAUCGUGUAACAACCAAUAACCCAUGGUAUAACAUCACUGAUCUAACUGCUGGAGUCAAUUACACAUUUAUCAUCACAGCUGUUGCGGCAGAUAAAUCAACAGAAGGAGAAUCAGUGGUUACCUCUAAAUAUACAAAGCCUGACGUCAUAAUGAACCUCACAGCUGCUGAUAUUACAACAUCCUCUGUCUUACUAAACUGGACUAAACCAAAUGGCCAAAGCUCCCGUUACCGUGUAGAAUAUGAAAGUAACAGUGUGACAGCUGAAAACACCUCCAUCGAGAUAAAUGAUCUGACUCCUGGAGCGCAAUACACAUUCAGAGUGUUUGCAGUUGCAGCUGAUCAUGUGACCGAGGGGAGAGCCAAUCAGAUUUCACUUUAUACCAAUCCGGAUGUUAUCAGGAAUCUCACAGUGAACAACAUCACAAGCUCAUCUGUGUUUCUGACAUGGGAAGAACCCAUUGGAAAUAGAUCUUUCUUUAAACUUAAGUGGGCUGAUGAUAAAACAAGUGGAAAUUCAACAGAAACUACUAACACUUCCUAUCACAUCACUGGUCUGACUGCUGGAGUAAAUUACACAUUCUGCAUCACUGCUGUUACUGCAGAUAAAUCAGCAAAAGGAGAAACUGUCUGCAGAUCACAAUUUACUAAGCCAGAUGUGAUCAGGAAUCUCAAAGUGACUGAAAUCACAACAUCAUCUGUGUUUCUGACAUGGGAUGAACCAGCCGGAAAUAGAGAUUUUUUUAGAAUUGAAUGGACUAAGAAAAGUAUGCUUGAAAGAACUGGUGGAACAAGUGGAAAUUCAACAGAAACUAUUAACAAUUCCUCUCUCAUCACUGGUCUGACUGCUGGAGUCAAUUACACAUUCUGCAUCUCUGCUGUGACAGCAGAUAAAUCAACAAAAGGAGAAACUCAUUGCAUCUCACAAUUUACAAAUUCCACAGAGUCUAACACAGAGUCUAACAUUGGGCUGAUUGUUGGUGUCGUUUUGGCAGUGAUCUGUUUUCUCUUCAUCAUCACUCUCAUUCUCUUCUUCUAUUCAAGAAGACAAACCAAAAAACAAUGUCCCGACAUCCCUGUACACACCAUUAGCGAUAAAAUUAAUAUUGCUUUGAGAAUAGAAGAUUAUGAAGAGUACUUUAAGCGGAAACAUGCAGAUUCCAACUGUGGUUUUGCUGAAGAGUAUGAGGAGUUGAAAACUGUUGGAACAGCACAGUCAAAGAACACCGCCCUGGCUAUUGAAAACAAGGCAAAGAACCGUUACAGCAAUGUGUUACCUUAUGAUGCUUCAAGAGUGAAGUUGUCAAUGUGUGGCAGUCCCUUUGAUGACUACAUCAAUGCCAACUACAUCCCAGGCUACAAUUCAAGAAAGGAGUUUAUAGCAGCUCAGGGUCCGUUACCCGUCACAGUGAAUGAAUUCUGGAGAAUGGUCUGGGAGAAGAACGUCUACACCAUAGUGAUGCUGACCAAAUGCAAUGAGAUGGGACGAGUGAAAUGUGAGAAGUACUGGCCAUCUGGGACUAAUCAUUAUCAUAACAUCUCUGUGACGACCACCUCAGAGAUCGAACUGGAGAGUUGGACAAUAAGAGACUUUAGAAUCAAAAAUGUGAAAACAGCAGAAUCUCGCUACGUACGCCAGUUCCACUUCACGGCGUGGCCGGAUCAUGGAGUUCCACAGACCACUGAAGUCCUCAUCGACUUCAGACACCUGGUGAGAGAACACAUGGAGCAGUACUCACGUCACUCUCCAACUGUGGUGCACUGCAGUGCCGGUGUGGGAAGAACGGGGACCUUUAUUGCCAUUGACCACCUGAUCUUCCAGGUUGAAAGAGACAGCAUGGUGGACAUCUACGGAAUCGUUAAUGAUAUGCGCAUGCACAGGCCUCUUAUGGUGCAGACUGAGGAGCAAUAUGUUUACCUCCACCAGUGUGCAUAUGACAUAAUUCGAUCAAGAACUGGAACCAAUGUGGACUUAAUUUACCAGAACGCAGCAGCACUCAGUAUCUAUCAGAAUAUAAACUAUCAAGAAACGUAAAUGUACAUGACCUCAAGAUGGCACUUGUCAAACAAUAAGAGAAAUUUAAGACUGCAUUAAUCGCAUUUUAAGUUUCACAUAUACAUAUGUAUGUCCUUUACAUAUAGCUGGAUAUACCUUUGAGUAAUAUUUUAAUUUUAAUGAAUACAUUUAAAAGAUUACACUGGAAAAAAGG